UGUCUCUGUCGCCUCCUGUUGAAAGCAGCUAAUAUUACAUCCCAUUGAUUAGACGCGAUACAAACUAUCCGCCUCUUGUCGCUGUUGUCUCCUGUGGUGUGCGCUAAAAGCCAGCCAAAAAAGCACUAAAAUGGCGCUUACUUCCCAAGGAACAAAGAAAAAAGUUUGCUACUACUAUGAUGGUGAUGUUGGAAAUUACUACUAUGGUCAGGGGCACCCAAUGAAGCCCCACCGAAUCCGCAUGACUCACAACCUGUUGCUCAACUAUGGACUCUACAGAAAAAUGGAGAUAUAUCGUCCACACAAAGCCAGUGGAGAAGAGAUGACCAAGUAUCACAGUGAUGAUUAUAUCAAAUUCCUGCGUUCAAUUCGACCAGACAACAUGUCAGAGUACAGCAAACAAAUGCAGAGAUUUAAUGUGGGAGAGGACUGUCCAGUGUUUGAUGGUUUAUUUGAGUUCUGCCAGCUCUCAGGAGGGGGCUCUGUUGCCGGUGCGGUGAAGUUGAACAAACAGCAGACGGACAUUGCUAUCAACUGGGCUGGAGGCCUGCAUCACGCCAAGAAGUCUGAGGCUUCUGGCUUUUGCUAUGUCAACGACAUCGUACUGGCUAUCCUGGAGUUACUGAAAUACCACCAGAGAGUUCUGUACAUAGAUAUUGACAUCCAUCAUGGAGAUGGUGUUGAAGAGGCCUUCUACACCACAGACCGUGUCAUGACAGUGUCCUUCCACAAGUAUGGAGAGUACUUCCCUGGCACAGGCGACCUGAGGGACAUCGGUGCUGGUAAGGGUAAAUAUUAUGCUGUGAAUUACCCGCUGAGGGAUGGGAUUGACGAUGAGUCAUAUGAAGCCAUAUUCAAACCUAUCAUGGCCAAGGUGAUGGAGAUGUACCAACCCAGCGCAGUGGUUCUGCAGUGUGGUGCUGAUUCACUGUCAGGAGACAGGCUUGGUUGCUUCAACCUCACCAUUAAAGGCCAUGCCAAGUGUGUGGAGUACAUGAAGAGUUUCAACCUGCCACUGCUAAUGCUGGGUGGAGGAGGCUACACCAUCCGUAAUGUGGCACGCUGCUGGACAUAUGAGACUGCUGUAGCCCUUGAUACAUCCAUCCCUAACGAGCUCCCUUACAACGACUACUUUGAGUACUUCGGACCAGACUUCAAGCUUCACAUCAGCCCCUCCAACAUGACUAAUCAGAACACCAAUGACUACCUGGAGAAGAUUAAGCAGCGCUUGUUUGAGAACUUGCGUAUGCUGCCCCACGCCCCGGGAGUCCAGAUGCAGGCCAUCCCUGAGGAUGCUGUACAGGAGGACAGUGGCGACGAGGAGGAGGAUGACCCCAACAAACGCAUCUCCAUCCGUGCCCAUGACAAGAGGAUAGCGUGUGAGGAGGAGUUCUCUGACUCUGAAGAUGAAGGCGAGGGAGGCCGCAGAAACGCAGCCAGCUUCAAGAAAGCCAAGCGAGUCAAAACUGAAGGAGAGAAAGAGGUGGAAGAAAAGGAGAAGAAAGGUGAGGAAGAAACAAAAGAAGCAAAAGAAGAAGAGAAGGUGCCAGAGGAGGAGAAAAUGGACACAUCAAAGCCAAAAGAGGAGUCCAAGACACCUUGAAGUCCUCAGCAGCCAAUGAUGACAUUGCAACUGAUCAGAACGCAUCUUAAAGCAAGAUUUUUUUUUUUUUUCUUCCUUUUUUUGGAUACAUCAUCUUUCCAGGCUGCUGCUGUGGAAAUCAGUGAAGAACUAUACCCUUGUAUGAGACCCCACUCCCUCAAAAUGGGGGCGGGGGAUCUAAAUAUUUUCUAGGACACCUUUUCAACCUUACCUGUUUAUGGACUGAGGUCAGACUGAGUGUUUUGUUUUUUUGAAUGCUUUUUCAUUUUUAUUAAUCUUUUUAUUCUGUGACUUGCUUUUCCCUUGUGACGCAACUCUGUAAAAAUGAUUUAGUACAUGUAUGCUUUUAUAUAUCUGACGGAUUUAAUUUAUUUAAAUCAUAGAUAUUUUGGCUACUGUUUUGUCUUUCAAUCCCACUUUAGUCAUGUCUUUAAAUAUGUAGUUGAAGCAUGUUUAUACAAUAGAUCCUUUUCUGUAAUACAUUGUCACUGGUCUUGCCUGCUAAAGGUCCCCAAGCGUGGUUAAGAGGGAUGUGUAUACCUGAAUACCUUUUUAUAUGGCACAGUAUUAGUAAA